GUCAGCCAUUCACGCCAGCCUUUUGCUUCGCCAUCUUUCACGCUUUUUUACGCUUUUUGUGUUAAGUGCCGUAUGAAAAUUAAACACACUAGUUUCACAGUUUAUGUUUAGUUUAAUUUUGUUCAAAUAACUACUCUUGUGUACAUGCUGAAGCCGAAGCUUUGAGAUGGACCCGGUGGCCCCCUUUCGAAAAGCCGCCGUGAUCGCGGUACUGGUCCACAUAACCAUGUUAUGUGCAGUCUUCGAUAUUUAUUUCUAUUCGCCAGUCGAACAUGGAAUGACACCACACCACACAGAAGGUGGAGUCCUAGCACAACGAGUCGUUCUGUUUGUGGCAGAUGGCUUACGAGCUACGAGCCUCUAUGACGAGCAUGAGAUACACGCCCCUUAUUUAAAGUCGAUUAGAGAAAACGUUGGUGUGUGGGGCAUCGCGCACACUCAGGUUCCGACAGAGUCACGACCAGGACAUAUUGCUCUUUUGGCAGGAUUUAACGAAGAUCCCAGGGCUAUUCUGAAGGGUUGGCGAUCAAAUCCGGUAGAUUUCGACUCGGUGGUAAAUCAAAGCACGAACGCUUGGUGUUGGGGUAGUCCUGACAUUGUAGACAUGUUUAAUAAAGAUGGGUUGCCACACAUUCACAUCGACUCUUACGAUGCCGGCAUGCAGGACUUUUCCGGCAAGGAUAAUGCCUCCACAGUUUUAGACUUGUGGGUUUUUGAUAAAGUUAAAAAGUUUGUGGAAGAACAACCCCGUUCUCCAUUUGCUUACAAUGACUUCCGUGCCGAGGGAAAUAUCUUGUUCUUACAUUUACUCGGAUUGGACACUGCCGGACAUUCCAUUAAACCGACAUCGAAGGGUUACAUAACUAAUAUCAAAGUUGUGGAUGACGGAAUUCAAUCUACUGUAGAACUCCUCGACGAGUAUUUUAAUGAUGGAAGGACUGCAUAUGUAUUUACUGCUGACCAUGGAAUGACAAAUUGGGGAUCUCACGGUGAUGGCUCGAAACAUGAAACCGAAGUUCCAUUCAUAGCUUGGGGCGCUGGCAUCAACACACACAAUAAACCUAUCAACAUUAACCAAACAGACAUAGCACCGUUUUUGGCAUCUUUAGUAGGGAUCAACAUUCCUAUAAACUCUUUGGGUGUUGUACCGAUUGAUCUGCUCGACGCCUUGCCAUCAGAAAAAGCUCAUAUUUUGUACGCCAACAGCCGUCAAUUAACCGAGCAGCUCCUAAGGAAACAAGGUACCUUUUCAAAAAAAGGCACUAGAUUGAUGUCCAAACUGGUGUAUCCAGAUAGCGAGCCAGAAGCAUUACAACGUAAACUCGAUAGAAUUCAUAGUGAUAUCCAAGAGCAAAAUUUUGAUGAUGCGAUCGCUAGUGCACUCCAAGUGAUAAAACUGUGCAAGAAUCUAAUAAAAAAUUAUAAUACAAGGCAUCAAUUGUACCUACUGGGUUUGGUUGUUACUGUGUUCCUGGGGUGGAUUGUGCAUCUUGUAAUAAUGAUUAUUAAAGCGAGUAGAUUUGGUAAAAAGCUUUGUAUCGAACGUUUUAGUAUAACACACAUUCAAACAUUGAAAAUGUUCGAGUCCAUAAUAUAUUCUACACUACCAGUGGUACACUUACUCGUGUUUGUUGGAGUGUUGCCAACAGAUUAUUUAUACACUGCGAUGAUAAAUAAUUAUUACGCAAUCGCGAUAAAUCAACACGUUCUCAGUUUAAUUUUUGUGUUCGUUUGGCGAUCGAGCACGAGGACUCACCUGAUGGAAUUUAUUAGAUAUUCCUUAGGGAUUGUGUUAUUGGUGGCAUCGUUCUUCGACCGUUCUUAUAUGUGUAUCGUUCCGAUCCUCUACUUUUGGAAAUCUUUUUAUGAAAUGGACCUUUUCAAAAAUUUCGCGGAGUGGCGUAACCAUGUAAUUGAUUUGAUGCUUCUGGCAGCCUGCCCUCUUUUUCUAGAAUUGCAAACUGAAUUCAGCUACAUCUACUUAAUGAUCGCAGCCUCUUUGUGGGUAGAAUUUUACUUCCGGUUUUCAAGGAGAAAGAUUCCAUUUAUUGAAAGAUGUCUUUUUGUUGGCCAAUUUUUGUUAUUAGCCUUUGCCUACCUCAAUGUCCUCAUGGUAAAUUACACUAUUACAAAUGGGUACGGAUUACUAACGAUUAAUCAGUUAAUGUCGUGGAUUUUACUAGUGGUAUCCCCAAUUAUUCCGACUAUUUUCUAUAAGAAUUUGGACACUAGAAUUUUGAGUAGCGUGUUGGCAUUAGCAGUUCCGUAUACACUUAUGGCCAUUGGAUUUGAACACAUCUUCCUGGGUUUGUUUAUGAGAGUUAUUGUAAAGUGGUCUAGCACAGAAAAGUCCCGUCUGCAACACGCCAAUAUGAAUCAACGUUUAACCCUAUACAAUACUGGUGAUCUUCGUAUGAUAGAAUAUACAUUCUUCCUGCUGAUGUUUGUUAUGUUCGGUUAUUUUGGAGUUGGAAACACGGCGAGUAUGAAUUCAUUUGAUCCAAUGUGGGUCAGGUGCUUCGUGACGAUCUUUAGUCCCCAUACAAUGGCCGGCCUAAUUUUGAUUAAACUUACCAUUCCGUUCUUAAUUGUUCUUUGCGGAUUCAAGAAUUUGGUUGGCAGAAUGAUGGGUUCUUCUCACUUUUCCUUUCUUGUUCUGAUGUUCUUUUGCGAUUUAAUGGUUAUUACUUUAUUAUGUUUUGUAACAAAUGAGGGCUCCUGGCUACAAAUAGGCGUCAGUGUGUCACGAUUCGUUACUGUUAAUGUUGCUAUAAUAGCAAUAAUUGUACUCUAUCAGAUUGCUAGUUGGUUAAUGACGUUUGAAUGUGUAUUUUUACGCCAAAUGUGCAAAAAGUUCUUACGAACUGAUGCUUAAAUUUACAUCACUGAACUUAUGUGAUUAAUGGCUGUGGAAAAUACUAAGACUUAAUAUUAAUAGAAAAAAUUCAGUAUUAUUUUUUCUAGAAUUUACAUUUGAGUUUCUUCGUUUUUGAAUUUGAGUUCCUGAGUUUUUGAGUUUGUGUUUAAUCUAUGUUUCUUUGUAUUCUAGUUCUAGUUCUAAUAAAUAUGUUUCAUUGAC